UCUCAUCAUGCAAGUAUUCUUGGUCUUCUUCGAGUAAGGGGCAGGAAAACCCUUUCUUGCACAACAGAGCACUACAAAGCUUAAAGAGCUUUCCAGCAAUUCACCUCUAACAACUAUUAAACCCUUCUCCUCCGUUACAUAUCCCUAGUAAACGCAGCAGCUAUAUGGGGAGGCAGAAAGGAGAAUCCGGCAGGAGCAAGUCGCGUCCAUCAAGCAGCAGUCUCGCCGCUUCGUUAUUGCCGUCGUCGAGUUCUGCCGCCACCGUUGGAUUUGGUGGUUAUGUUGGCAGCUCACGCCUUGAUAUUUCUCUUGCUUCUAGCGAAGAAGCGAGCCCCUUUUUGGAUGUAGACAGUGAAGUGGCACUACACUUGAAGAGGCUGGCUAGGAAAGAUCCUGUGACCAAGCUUAAAGCUCUGCAGUCUUUGUCUGUUCUUUUCAAGCAGAAGUCUGGAAAGGAAUUGGUGCUAGUUAUUCCUCAAUGGGCAUUUGAAUACAAGAGGCUGUUGUUGGAUUACAAUAGGGAAGUUCGGCGAUCUACUCAUGAAACUAUGAGUAGCCUUGUUGUUGUUGUCGGAAGAGACUUAGCCCCACAUCUAAAGUCUUUGAUGGGACCCUGGUGGUUUUCUCAAUUUGAUCCAGUUUCUGAAGUUUCUCUAGCUGCAAAGCGAUCGCUGCAGGCAGCCUUUCCAGCUCAGGAAAAGAGAUUAGAAGCAUUAAUUUUAUGCACAACUGAAAUAUUUCUGUAUUUGGAGGAAAAUUUGAAGCUCACACCACAAAGUAUGUCAGAUAAAGCAACUGCUUUGGAUGAGUUGGAAGAGAUGCACCAGCAGGUGAUAUCAUCUUCAUUGUUGGCAUUGGCUACACUUCUUGAUGUUUUGGUCAGUGUGCAAUCUGAACGACCUGGUUUUGAAAAUGUAGCCACUGAAUCAAAACAUGCUUCAAAGGCCAGAGCGACUGCCAUUUCUUUUGCUGAAAAGUUAUUCUCUGCUAACAAAUAUUUUCUGGAAUUUUUGAAGUCCCAGAGUCCUGCAAUUCGGUCAGCUACAUAUUCAGCAUUGAAGAGUUUCAUUAAAAACAUUCCUCAUGCUUUUGAUGAGGGAAACAUGAAAACUCUUGGUACUGCAAUACUUGGCGCUUUUCAGGAAAAGGAUCCUACUUGUCAUUUGUCAAUGUGGGAUGCAUUGUUGCUAUUUUCAAAAAGAUUUCCUGAGAGUUGGACAUUGUUAAAUGUUCAGAAAAUUGUGCUGAACAGGUUGUGGCAUUUUCUUAAGAAUGGGUGCUUUGGAUCUCAACAAGUCUCUUAUCCGGCUCUAGUUCUAUUUUUGGGAACUGUGCCUCCUAAAUCUAUAGUGGGGGAGAAGUUUUUUCUUGAUUUUUUCCAUAACCUAUGGGACGGAAGGACCUUGUCCUCUUCAACAACUGCUGAUAAUCUAGCAUUUUUCCGGGCAUUUAAAGAGUGUUUCUUUUGGGCAUUGCAUAAUGCGUCAAGAUAUUGUGAUAGUUUGGAUUCUGUACGACAUUUUAGAGUCGCUCUUGUUGAUAAUAUCCUCGUAAAGCUUCUGUGGCAAGAAUACCUGUUUUCUGUUUGCUUCAAGAAUCAGAGUAGUGCAUCCAAUGGAAUAUCUGAGGACCUGUCUGAGAAAACCUGUGCAAUAUCUAACCAGAGGACAGCAGAAUUAUUGACUAUCAAGUAUCCUAUGAACUAUUUGCAAGAAUCAGGGAAAUGCAUUGUAGAAAUUCUUUCAGGAAUUUAUUUAAUAGAACGUGAUCUGCUCUCUACCUUUUGUGUGGCAUUUCAGGAGAAUUGCCUCAAGAUGUUUCAGCUUAAAGACAGCACAGGAAGAAAUACUGAAAAUGUAGAACAGGUCAUUAAAUUUAUGUUGUUGCUUGAAGAGCAUUCAGUUCGGAAAGAUGAAACUUGGCCUUUAGUUUAUUUAGUGGGACCAAUGUUAGCAAAGUGUUUCCCAUCUAUAAGAUCUCUUGACUCGCCGGAUGGUUUGAGACUUUUAUCAGUUGCUGUUUCAUUAUUUGGACCACGCAAGAUUGUCAAGGAACUUUUUUUCUAUAACGAAGGGCAUUGCUCUUUUCCCCUUUCAGAUGACAAUGAAAAAGAACUAGAACCAGAGUAUUUCAUGCAAGUGUUCAAAGAAACAUUUGUUCCAUGGUGUUUUGUUGGAUGCGAUUCCUCUAGCAAUGCUCGAAUUGAUCUGUUGCUUGCAUUUCUGGAUGAUGAACAUUUCUCUGAGCAGUGGACUGCAAUUCUUUCAUAUGCAAUCAGUCAAGCAAAGUCAAUAACUGAGCUUGGGUCCCUAAAAUCAGACUACUUAUCUCUGUUGACAAUGUUCUUGGAGAAAGCGAGAAUUGAGAUUACAAACAGUAAAGUGGGGCAAGCUUCAAAACAUCGGCAGUGGUCCAACCCAGGUGACUGGCAUCAUGAGCUUCUUGAAUCAGCUGUAGUUGCUGUUGCCAGUUCCUCUGUUCCCCUUCGAGCUUCAGCAGCUCAGUUUGUGUGUGCUGUUCUUAGUGGCUCAACAAAAGGAAAUGAGAUCUCUUUUGUGUCUAGAAAUUCAAUGAUUUUGGUAUACAAGGCAGUUUCCAGAAAGUUGCUUGCUUUUAUUUGUGAUUCCCCUUUCAGUACAGUUAGGGAUUCGGGUUGUGUUUUAUCUGCUGGAGCAAACAAGUUUGCAGAGAAUAAUGAGAUCUCUACAGACAUGAUUGAGAUAGCUCACUUUGCAUUAGAUGUACUUAGUGGUAGUUUAUAUUGCUUAAAAACAGUCGGUGAGGAAAUUGGGCUGGUUUCUUGUAUUUUGGCUCAAUUGUUUAUCAUGGAUUGGGAACACACCAUACAGGCAACAAUAGAUGAUGCACUUGACAAUGAAUUAAAAAAGAAAAUUAAGAGCCGGUCAGAGUUUGGUAAAUCUUUGCAUGAUUUUCGCAGUAAGAUAAAUGACAAAUUUUGGGGAAGUCUGAGCAUUGACAUUCUGAGCAGGUUGGGGAGUAUCUUGGUUCAGUUUAUCAAGUCUGUUGUCUUUAAGGAAGGUGGGGUUAAUGCAAAUAGAAUCACUUCAUUGUGCUGCGAAUGGAUGCUUGAAAUUCUUGCAUGUCUCUGCCAUGAUCAAUGCGAGGAGCAAAAUCUAUUAGACCAACUUCUAAGGAAGGAUGAUAUUUGGCCAUCAUGGAUUAUACCGGACUUGAGUUCGCCAGGAACAACUUCGUCAAAUGCUGUAGAUGUCUCUAUUGAUAUUGAUGUUUCUGGGACUCGUAAGUUUGUUUCUUUAAUUGACAAACUUGUUUACAAGCUUGGGGUUGAUAGAGUUGUUACUGGUUAUGUAGAAAGUACCCUUUCAUCUCCUUUGAAUGAAGCAACGGGUAAGGGUCUUACUUCUCGAGCCUGGCUUGCUGCGGAAAUAUUAUGCACGUGGCAAUGGCCAGGAGGCAGUGCUACCGAGUCUUUCUUGCCCCUUCUGAGUGCAUCUGCCAAGAGUUGGAAUUACUUUUUCCGGGAAAGCCUUUUAGAUUCCAUUUUCAACAUCUUACUUGAUGGCGCACUUGUUCAUGGAGAAAGUGGUGGACACUGUUCAUUCAAUUUAACACCUGCUACAGGCAAUGAAUUGGACAAAAUCGAAGAACCAUUUUUGAGAGCUCUUAUGUCUUUGCUUUUCACUCUGUUCAAAAAUAAUAUAUGGGGAGGAGACAAAGCCAGGGAACUCUUUGAAUUGCUUUUAAAUAAGCUUUAUGUUGGUGAAGCAGUAAACCAGAAAUGUUUGAAGAUACUUCCUCUGAUUGUCAGUGUUCUAAUACAGCCUUUAUGUCAGAGAAGCCUUAUACCUGGUGAAUCUACUGAGGAUAUUCCACUUCAGAAUUCAGGUGAAAAUUGGAUGCAGCACACUGUUAAAGAUUGGCUCGAGAGGGUAUUAUUAUUCCCACCUUUAGUUGUAUUGCAAGCAGGACAAGAUAUGGAAGACUGGUUCAAACUGGUUAUUGCUUGUUAUCCUAUUAGUGCAAUCGGCAGUACUAAAUCUUUGAAGCUGGAGAGGAAUAUAAGUGCUGAAGAGAGACGACUCAUACAUGAUUUAUUUCAAAAGCAGAGACAGAGUUCUGGUGUCUUGGCAGUAGGUAAACAGCUACCUAUGGUGCAGAUGUUGCUGUCAAAGUUAAUGGUUGUUUCUGUUGGAUAUUGCUGGAAAGAAUUUACUGAGGAAGACUGGGAAUUUUUCUUCUCGCAAUUGAGGUUGUGGAUUCAGUCAGCAGUUGUGAUAAUGGAGGAAGUUACUGAAAAUGUGAAUGAUGCUAUCACUAACAGCUCUACUUGUGACUAUUCGGAUGUUCUUAGGAAACUAGAGCACCUUGUUUCGAUCUCUGACCUUUUUCCUAUAAAUGUUGCUAUCAAUGCCUUGGAAUCGUUUUCUUUGUUUUAUGAGGCAUGGAGACUCCAACAACCAGAAAUGAAUGAUACAUACCUCCUAAGACUGGAAAGAUGGGAUCCAGCUCGAGAUCGAAUCCUAGAGGGUAUUCUGCGCAUAUUCUUUUGUACUGGCCUUACUGAGGCCAUUGCAAAUUCCUAUUUUCAUGAGGCUGCAUCUAUUAUAGCCACAUCUAGGCUUGAGAAUUCCUACUUCUGGGAGUUGGUGGCUUCAAAUGUGCUUAACUCAUCACAGCAUGUUAGAGACAGAGCAGUGAGAUCAAUUGAAUUUUGGGGGUUAAGCAAAGGGCCUGUAAGCUCUUUGUAUGCAAUUCUGUUCUCCUCUGUACCUGUCCCGCUGUUGCAGUUUGCUGCUUAUGUUAUUCUCUCAACUGAACCUGUUUCACAAUUGGCUUUUGCUGAAGGUGCUACUUGUACAUGGGAUGGUGAUAUUACUGAUGAAAUAGAUUUAUGUCAGGUUGAAUUGACAUCCAAAAGAGAGUUCCAUUUGAAGGAGGAAUUAUCUUGCAUGAUUGAAAAGCUACCUUAUGAUGUUCUUGAAAUGGAUUUGACAGCACAUCAGCGGGUAAAUGUCUUCCUUGCUUGGUCUUUGUUGCUAUCACAUUUGUGGAAAUUACCAUCACAGUCAGCUGCAAGGGAGCAAUUGGUACAGUAUGUACAAGAUUCUGCUAAUUCAGGAAUAUUAGAUUGCCUCUUCCAGCAUAUUCCUUUGGAAUUGUGCACAGCACACAGUCUUAAAAAGAAAGAUGUGGAUCUUCCUGCUGGGGCAUCAGAGGCUGCAAAUGCAGCAACAUCUGCCAUAACAACAGGUUCAUUAUUGUUUUCUGUGGAAUCACUGUGGCCUAUUGCACCAGAGAAAAUGGCUUCACUUGCUGGAGCAUUAUUUGGUUUAAUGCUUCAUGUUCUUCCUGCUUAUGUUCGAGGUUGGUUUAAUGAUUUACGUGACCGUUCAAUGUCAUCUCUUAUUGAAACAUUUACGAGAACAUGGUGCAGUCCUCAACUAAUUGUGAACGAACUAUCCCAGAUAAAGAAAGCCAAUUUUGCUGAUGAAAAUUUUUCAGUCAGUGUAAGCAAAUCAGCAAAUGAAGUAGUUGCUACAUAUACUAAGGAUGACACAGGGAUGGAUCUAGUUAUUCGUCUUCCUGCAUCUUAUCCAUUACGUCCUGUGGAUGUUGAGUGUAUGAGAAGCCUAGGCAUUAGCGAAGUGAAGCAGCGGAAGUGGUUGAUGUCAAUGAUGCUGUUUGUUCGUAAUCAGAAUGGUGCUUUAGCUGAAGCUAUACGAAUAUGGAAGAGUAAUUUCGACAAGGAAUUUGAAGGCAUUGAAGAGUGCCCCAUCUGUUACAGUGUUAUCCACACUACCAACCAUAGUCUUCCUCGCCUUGCAUGCAGGACUUGUAAGCACAAAUUUCAUGCUGCCUGCCUGUAUAAAUGGUUCUCAACAUCUCACAAAUCAUCCUGCCCGUUGUGCCAGUCUCCAUUCUGAUCUAGGAAUCAUUUUCAGAGUUGAAAUUUAUGGAUCUUGUCUCAUUGACCGUAAACUAACAAUUCCAAGAGGUUCAUGGGGUACAUGUACAAUUCAGUGCAAAAAACUUGUAAGCUUCCCCACCUUUUCUCAGUCUCCCUCGCACCCACAGGGUGUAUGCACGUCCAUGGCUCCAAUAAUUUGCAAGUAGCAUUGAUCUGAAUAAUUGGUCAACCUGAUGCAUUUCAUGAAGAUUCUUUCCAGAAGGUUUUGCAAGCAUGCUGAAAGUGUGCUGGAUCUUGUUUAUCAUUGCAACCACUGUCUGGGAUAUCAGAUUUAUGGUGGCAGAUGCGGCGCUCUGUACAAAAUGAGAGAUCAGCUUCGAUUUUUGUACAAUGAGAUUCACUGAUGACUCUGGAACAGGUUAAUCAGACCUCACAAAUAAGUUAAUUUCAUAGAAAAUAUACAGUUGACUGGUUUAGCUAGCUCUUCUCCGGAUGGGUAUUCUUCAAGAAGGUAUGUAGCUGCAUGCUGUAGCCAACUCAACUGUGACCUGGUGAGAGCAAAAUAAAAUUUCCUUGGGAACCAUUUGAGAGUUCUGGAUCAAAAUGUACUUUUGUUCAGCUUAACAAAAUACCAAAAUCACUUGUCAUGAAAUAUUUACCAGAUAAAGUUCAACUCCAACUCAAAUAGAGAGAUAAUCAAUUAAAGAGUACUUACUAAUAUCAAGAGUUCAUAUUGGCUUGCAAGAUUGGGCAAUUUUUUUACUCGUAGCAUUUAAAUAUUAUGUAUUUGGUUAUUUUUAUGAUAAUUUCUUUAGAUUAUGAAAUUGAGUUACCGUGGGUAACUGAGUUCGUGUUUCUUGGAGUGUCUCAUUGUUAUUUGAACACUUGAGUUAUGUUUGGUGCUUGUUGUGAAUGAGAUAAAAUAUAGUUUAAUCAAAUGAACUUUUGCUGAAAA